AUGAGGGUCCUGCUGAUGCCGGCGCUGCUGCUCGCCUGCGGCAUGCUCACAGCUCGUGGGAAGCACCCGCACACGUUUGCUCCGGGGCUGGAGGGAAGCACCGUGGGAAACCUGACUGCCCACGGCUGUGGCUCGGGAUGGGGCCGUGGUCGCGCUGCUUUCAUGGACCGGUGCUGCCUGCUCCGUGCCUGCUGCUACGCCAGGCUGGCCGCGCGCCGCUGCCGCGUGGGACCGACCCAGCGCCUCGUUGUGCCCCAGCCAGGGGUCCCUGCCUGCAGAUCCGGGACGCGGUGCCAGCGAGGGGCCUGCAGGUGUGAGCUGUUGGCUCAGCUCUGCCGGGCACGCAGCCGGGCGCUGCGCAAGUGUCGAGGCCGAGGCGGGCGCUGCUGA